GUCCUGCUCGUGAUAGGACUUAUUUCGGAAAGUUUAGUUUUCUUAAGUGAAAAUGACUCUGUACCAUUUCGGUAACUGUGCCGCGUUAGUGUACGUGCCAUAUUACUUCACCUACAAGUACUCCGGAUUGUCGGAAUACGGCGCGUUCUGGAAAUGUGUCCAGGCUGGUGGAAUAUACGUGUUUACACAGCUUUGCAAAAUGCUUGUAUUAGCAACGUUCUUCCCCGACACCGACACCUUCAGCGAAGGUGCCCCGUUUAAUUUCAUUGCCGAAUUCCUACGAUGCAGCGUCGAUCUUGUUGACUUUCUGGGUCUCGCCUUUGUGUUGUCGAGAAUUCCCGGCAAAGGUCACAGCAAACUCAUCACAGCCGGUUUGGGGUGGGCUACAGCAGAAGUGAUUUUGUCUCGUGGACUAAUGCUCUGGGUAGGCGCUAGAGGGGCUGAAUUUUCUUGGAUCUACACUCAAAAAUGCUUGGAAUCGAACGUGUUGUUAAUACAACACCUCUCUACUGCAACACUACUGUGGCUGUUCUCCAGGCACGAUCUGGAUAAGAAGUUCGCCCCGGUGGUAGUGUUGCUGCUAGUGGCCACUUCGUACCGUGGCGUUUGGCUUGAAGGUGCUCUGCAUGCCAUAUCAGCCGGCCCAUGGCUGGGGCUAGCCUUGAAAGCACUCAUCACCAGCUGCAUGGGAGUCGCCACGCUACACAUCUACUCGGGGCUCGCCCAGCAGAUAGGAUUGUAGAGCUUUCACGUUUUAGUUUAUCACCCAUUUCUCAGUAGUCAUGCACCCCCAACAAUUUGUUAUUCUAUUGCAGCAUUUUGCAGAUAGUUUAUUUAAUUGAAUUAAAAUAAAAUCCUACUAAUCCUUUAAAUCGAACAAUUCAUAAA